AAGCGAGUCAUUACGAACGAUGCUGGUAGCAAUUGGUUUAACAUGAAGCCUGCUGCCAUGACGGAAGAUUUGAAAAAGGAUAUCGCUCUCAUUCGGAGUCGAAAUUACCUGGACCCCAAGCGUUUCUACAAGUCGUCCGACCCGACGGGCAAAUUUGUGCAAGUAGGAACAGUUAUCGAAGGCCCGACAGAAUUUUUCUCGUCGCGAUUGACCAAAAAGCAGCGUAGAGGAAAUUUGGUCGAUGAGAUUAUGGCGGAUCCGGCGAGUGCUGAUUACGCCAAGAACAAAUACAAGCGCAUGCAACAAGAGCAAACAGCUAAAUCCCUCCAGCGCCGUCGAGGUCGACGUGGUGCUCGUAAAUAG